AUGGCGGGUCACUAUUAUGGGGUCCCGGUCAAUUGGGUCUCGGUGGGAAAUUGUGUAGCCAAUGGUGCUAUCACAGAGUUGCAAAGAAGAAUCCAGGCUGAAGAUUGGGGGAAAGCCAUACAACCCUUCGUGAAUCAUACUGUCUAUUUUCCAACUGAGGCGGGGCUUUGCUGGGCCCACGAGCUUGGUUAUGUCAGGGCCCUCCACGAAGAAUAUCCGUUUGAAGACGAAGUUCUCGAUCUUCUAGGCCGAAUUCUAUGUCAAGCACUCGAAGUUCCGCGCGACUGCGAGCGCAAAUUACAACAUAACCAACACCAUAACUUCUUUUUCUUUACUAACCGGCGUGUGCUGCAGGUAUAUUGUUGUCAUAACAACGCUGAGAACGAAGCAGUCGAGACUCUCAUAAACGCUGACUGCGAUUUUCACAAGUCCCCGAAAAGCGACGGACUCGAAGACCUACCCUACCACGAGUGCAUCGAACCAAUUAUCUUGAAGGCAAGACCAUACAUCGUCAGCGAGAUUAUAUUCCCAGACGGCAUAGAUAUGGAAGCGCUAUCGCCCCGAGACGCGAACGCCUAUAUGCGAAAGCCAGAAGCUCAAAAGCCGAAAGCACCGGCUCUAAAACAAUCACAGAAGGAGAAGGACCAUCCACCACCUCCUCCAUCAGACGUUCACGAGCCACCAAGCUCCGAUCGCCCAAAUGGAGCAAUUUAUAGAACGGGUCAGCUGCUUGGUAAGGGAGGGUUCGCUAUAUGCUACGACGGACGGCUAGCCGGCACGAAACAGGUAUAUGCCUUGAAGAUUGUUAAGAGCCAUAUGCCACAAAAGAAGAUGGAGCAGAAGUUUCAAACCGAACUCCAAAUACAUUCUAAAAUGAAUCACCCAAACAUCGUCCGCUUUCAACGCGCUUUCUCCUUCCAAAAGUGCACAUACAUAGUGUUGGAACUUUGCCCGAACGGAUCGCUGAUGGAUAUGGUCAAGAGAAGAAAAUUUAUAACGGAGCCCGAGGUCAGAUUCUGGACCGUACAAAUGGCUGGCGCAAUCAAGUAUAUGCACUCUAAAGGAAUCAUUCAUCGAGAUUUAAAAAUGGGGAAUAUAUUUCUAGACGAGCGGAUGAAUGUCAAGGUUGGCGAUUUUGGCCUAGCAGCGCUCCUCAUGUCCGGCAAGGACUGGAGUAAUUGCCGGCGGACAACGCUUUGCGGCACGCCAAAUUAUAUUGCCCCUGAGAUAUUGUCCAAAGACAAGCAGGGACAUGACCAUGCUGUCGAUAUCUGGAGUCUAGGAAUCAUCAUCUUUGCAAUGCUCACAGGGAAACCUCCAUUCCAGUCAACGACCCAAGAUGAAAUAUACCGGCGGGCCAGGGCACUGGAGUAUGACUGGCCAAAACUAAAUAACUCAGAAAAUUAUAUCUCCGAAGAAACCAAGGAUCUUGUCGCUAUGUUGCUGCAAACCCCCGAACGGCGGCCGGACCCCGAUACCAUAGUCCAGCAUCCCUUCUUCACGUGUGGUUGGAUGCCCCAAAGUGAAGAAAUGACACCCGAUCUUCGCGAAAAGGCCCCAGCAAGUGAUAAGUUUCUCUCUAUCGGCGUUCGAGCUGGAAGGGCCAAUCUAUACUUGCGGAACUUGAAAAAAUUGUGCAUAAACUGCGAGGUUGGGCCUUGGAACUCGUCACAAAAGCGCCAUACGAGCACAUAUCGAGAGGUAACUGCAGAGGAGAAAGCUGGUCUGACGCCAGCAGUCCCCCUUCCUGAAGGCGUUGUGUAUCGUCCUUUUGAUGAGUGGUUGAGAGAGCAAGCACAGAAAGUCAUGGAACAUAAGGACAACACCGAGGAUGCAGCGGAAGCGUUGAACGAGAUUCCUGAGCGGGUUCGUGAACCUGGACUGGAUGAUCCAUCUCUUUCUCUCCCGAUCAGAUCGGUCCCGCAGAGCUUUGCGGCUCAACAACGGGCGAGACCCGCAGCUGGUGCUCAAACAACCCGCGCAAGGAAACCACGCCAGCCGUCUGCGGAAACCUCAUCGAGAUCUGUGUCUGAAUCUUCCAGAUCUAGAAACGUUGCAUCACGUCAUGAAGACAAAAUGGCCGGUGUUGAAGAUCGACUAGCAGCCGACCUUGCAAGCCAACUAAAGAAGGCCGAAGAAGAACGGAAGCUGGCCGAAGUAGACACAGUUACUCUGUCAAUAAAAAAACAGGUAUCUCUUUUCAACCCGCGAGAGCAACUGGAAGCCCUGCCAAAUUCUAAGCCAGACAAUAUUUUGGCUGGCCUGCGUCGCCUUCAGACGGAGCUGGAGAGAGCUCUUAAUAGCAGAUCUAUUGCUUUGGAAUCCGGAUCGCCGCCCUCUCAUCCGACAAUCGUUGUAAAAUGGGUUGACUACACGAAUAGAUUUGGACUUGGCUAUAUUUUAAGUACCGGCAGUGUUGGCUGCAUUUUCAGGGCCAUGCCAGUCGACUCUGAAGAUAGAAGCAAGGGUGACUUACCGCCUUCAUGUGUCGUCGUGCGAGACGCAGAGAGACACUUGCAAAAUAGGGGGAACCCGGCUUAUGCGGAUCGACAACAGCUUGUCCCUAUCUCUGGACCCAAUAUCGAGUUCUAUGAGAACAAUGGCGAGUCUGGAAUUUCACGUGGCAAAGUGAAUCCACAGAAUUACAAGAUCACCAUAGGCAAAGAGGGCGAGGUCGGUAGGCUAUCUCGAGGAGUGGAUCAGUGGGAUGAUAGAAAGCGAGAAAAGAUUGUUCUCUGGAAGAAGUUCGCGAACUACAUGACUGCGUAUGGAAGGGACCAUGACUACCCUUUCGACGAUGCUGUGGCACGGAAGCCUAAUGAAACGAAUUCUGAGGCCGUAGCAGCGGGCAACGUCGUUACGUUCUACCAGCGAUGGGGUGACGUCGGCUGUUGGGGGUUCGGCGACGGCCACUUCCAAUUCAACUUUCCAGAUCACACAAAGAUUGUUAUUUCAGCAGAUGGCACUUGGUGUAACUUCUAUCAUCUACCACUCGAGGCUGCUCGCGACCUUUCAGUGAAAGGCAGUCUACCGCCUUCCGCCCUCGACGAUCGUCAACACCUAUCAUAUCCAGUCCAAACCCUCCUCAACUUCAUGAACAAACCUGUUCGUACUGUCAAAUCAACAACCAAGAGGCGUCCAGAGAUUGAUCCCAUGAUUUCAGGCAUUCCUCAAGCCAAUGAUUUCCGAAGGAAAAUCGAAUUCAUCAGACUUGCGGUAAAAGAAUGGGUGAUGAACGGUGGAUUAGGGAACAGCAACAUGGAACCUGGGAAGCGUCUUCGAUGGUACGGAUGCCGAGAGCAGAUCAACGUCAAGGUCCCCUAUAAACACGUCUGGGUCACGGUUGGAGCUAGGGGUGGCGAUGAUAGGAGAGUAGCAUGGUUUGAUCCUAGGAAGCCUAAUGAUAUUGUCCCGGAUAUCGAGUGA